GUGUGCUUAUUUAUUACAGAAAUGUAGCUAUUAAAAUAACUUGACUUUGACGCUAAUGUCCUACUCUUAUUUUGUAAGUUUGAGUGUAACAAAAGUCCACUUGGAGUUCACUAGCACAGACGGAGAGGACAGAGCACAUUUUAUGUUUCAAAUCAGCAACUUUUUUUUGUCUGUGUGUAAUCGGCAUCUAAUAGGGGAUAGUUCUGUAGUCGCGCAUUUUCUAGUCCUUCUGUGCUGUGCACAUCUACAUCAACACUACUGUAUUCUCUCCAGUCUUAAAGAUGGUCGUUUUGUCCAAAGAGUACGGCUAUGUGGCUCUAACCGGAGCGGCGUCGUUCCUCCUGAUGGUUCAUCUGUCUCACGCUGUGGUGAAGGCUCGGAUUAAAUACAACGUGCAGUAUCCGACAAUGUACAGCGAUGAUCCAGAGACUGGCCGCAUAUUCAACUGUAUCCAACGAGCGCAUCAGAACACCGUUGAACUCUUGUCGCCGUUCUUGUUUCAUUUAUCUGUGGGAGGGAUUCAGCAUCCGCGUCUUGCCAGCGCGCUGGGAAUGAUCUGGAUCUUCAGUCGGGUGCUGUACGCUCAAGGAUAUUCCACUGGAAAGCCCAAGAAGCGCCACCGUGGGUUGUUUGGUAUGGUUGCUUUGGUGGGUUUGUUUCUUUGCACGGUGAACACUGGGAGAACGAUGCUUGGAUACAACUGUGGGCUGAAAUGGGUCAAAUGGCCUAAAAAUUUUCAAUAGUGAAAAUUAUGUUUGCAAUCUAUUUCUACUUUCUAUAAAAUGCCAAGGUAAAAAAAACACACACAAAUGUAGAAAAGCACUAGAGGAUCAUUUCUCACUGUGAGAAUUCAUUGCGUUUAUGUGUGUUUUAAAUAAACUGCACAAAAAUUA